UGCAUUGGAGAAGGUUCGGAUACUGAAUCCUAUAGUUAGUAUACGUGUUUGAUUGAAGAGUACUGCAAAUUCUUCUUGUCUUUCAUUUCACUGUGCCUCUUUCCGUAACAACACAAAAACCCUUGCUCACUCCAUUUUCCAAAACUCGCCAAUUCAGGUUUUUGAAUGGAAGGGACAGAAGGAGAAUAUGGUAAUUAAUAGAUUAUAGUGAUCAAUAUCGAAACAGACAGGUCGUGAAAGCUGUUUCGUUGGACGAUCUUACCGACCCUAUUGAGAUGGAUUUGGAGUUUUCCUGUGUUUAAUAGUUCACGAGGUUUUUGUCCAUUUGAAGAUUCUUGAUGGAUUUCGAUAAUGAAUUGCGUGAGGACCCUCCAGCAGUAAUCAGUUUGGGAGAUUCUUUAACUAGUACAGAGGACAUGAAUUUGUUGCAGAAGCAGAAACACAAUCAAGAUGUUGAGGAUAAAGAUGAAAAUCCUGAUUUUUCACAAGACGAUUCCUCACUGAAAACUGAUGCAACUGUAAAGAACUCAUUACACGAGUCCCCAGUUUUGCCGGAUUUGUCAGUUUCCCAAAAAAAUGUAGACCUUAAAUCGACGAAGAAAAAAAGAAAAAGGCAGAAGACUGAAAAUAAUGCUGUUGAUGUCAAUGGUUGCUGCACUCCCGAGAAUACUUUUUCACCGAAAAGUCCUACACCUGCAUUGGAUAUGCCUCCAGAACAUCCAAUUCAAUGCAUUUCCAGUGAUGCAGUAAUGACAGAGUCUGGUGUAGAAGCGGAUAUUUGUUUGGGGGAAAAUGAAGAAAAAGAGCAGAAUAUGCUCGGAGAGGUUGCAGAAAAGAACAAUGAAGAGUGUGAUAUUCAAGACGAAGGGUGCAACUGCAAUUCAGUUGUAGCAGAUGCAGAGUUAAUUGCAAAAGAGUCUGUGUUAGAAGUUGUAAAAAUGAACACGGUACAAAGUAUAAUUGAUAACACCUCCAACCCCGAGGGAACAAGUGCAUAUGUGAAGAAUGAAAGUCUGGUAACGAAUCAUGAUGAGGACCUAGAAGUUCAUGAUUCGUGUGAUACAUCUCAGUGCAUUAAAAUCUAUUCAAGGAAAAAAUUAAACAAUGUCAGUUGUAAGAGUAACUCGGAUAGUCCAAGUCCUGUAAAUUGCAACAGGGAACCAACUAUGCAGAAAAAUAACAAUGACGAUUCACAUAAAUUUUCUGAUGGACCAUUGACAGAUGGCUUUAUGGAAAGAGAAACAGAACAUUCAACAGAUCAGAGCAAAGUUGAAGCUGAGGAAAUAGAGUUGAUGACAGAAAAUACUUCUGAGCAAAGAUCUAUAGCUACGUCUUCUGUUGUAGACAUACCUGUAACCCAACUUGAAGAAACAAGUGCUAGACUGGGAGAUCAUGCUGAGGUUUCAAGAAAUGAUCUGUUUUGUCCUGGUGAUGGUUCCGGUUCAAGCUUAGUCACCGUAAACGACGGUAAUUCAAAGUUUUCACAGUUCUCAGUGAACAGGACUAUUAUCAGCAACUCAAAAAACAAGCUUCUCAUCCUUGAUGUGAAUGGACUACUUGCUGAUUGUGUCAGUGAUGUUCCUAAUGGAUAUUAUCAACCAGAACCAGAUUUUUGGCUUAAAAGGAGAAAAGUAUACAAGAGGCCCUUUUGUGAUGAUUUUCUACAGUUUUGCUUUGACAGAUUUCAUGUGGGCAUUUGGUCAUCUAGAGCCAAAUGUAAUGUUGAUGAAGUAGUCAAAUUUCUUUUGGGGAAAUCUGCAUCCAAACUGCUCUUUCAAUGGAAUCAAUCCCACUGUACUACAACAAGAUUCAGUACUGUUGAGAAUAGAGACAAGCCCCUUGCGUUGAAGGAACUCAGAAAGUUAUGGGAGAAGCAGGAACCUGAUCUUCCAUGGGAGAAAGGAGACUUCAAUGAGUCAAACACAUUAUUAUUGGAUGACUCCCCUUACAAGGCACUUGUGAAUCCUAUGUAUACAGCCAUAUUCCCUUAUUCUUAUCGGUACUAUCACACUAGAGACUCGUCAUUAGGACCUAAAGGUGAUCUUCGGGUUUAUCUAGAAAAGUUGGCUAUGGCUGACAACAUUCAAGAGUUUGUGUCAUCUAAUCCAUUUGGCCAGAGGCCCAUAAGAGAAGCCAAUCCAUCAUGGGGUUAUUAUCUCAAAGUUAUAGAAUCACUUAAGUGCAUGGAAAAUGAUAGGCCCUCCUCCUCAUCUGAUAGGGAGAAAACUGCUUAAAGAAGAAAGCAAGAUGCAGGAAAUUGAGACGAUUCUUGUUCAUAUUGAUGUACACGGUUCGUAUUUUGGAGUGUGUUUUUUGUGUUACAAACACAUUACAGACAGACAUCCCAGGACAGAGAUAUAUGAUGGGACGGCAAACAUUUUUUGAUAUGUUUGGAUUUUUGUUGCUAACAGUGAGGUCUAAAACCAUGUUUGCCUCAAAAGAACUCUAUAGAUACUUUAUGAUUAUAUGCAUACCAAAUAUACACGAAUAUUAUCCAGCCAAACAUGUCCAAAGUUGUUGAAAUGUCAAUACAAACACAUUUUAUGAUGACCUGAAAUGCUAUUAUGAGUUGGUAAGGUGUC